GAUAUAUCCCGUUUGGAACGCACCGCUCAAAGGGAUAGAAACUACUGCUUCUAUUUAUUUGUCUCCAUCUGUCCCGAAAUAAAAACAUCCAGCGGCAUCAUGAGUUGAUUUUAUCGCAGUUUUAGGAGAUCAGAUCUUGUCUUUACAGGGGCUAAACAUGCGUCCCUGCUCUACUGUCAUGCACCUGCUGCUCCGAUGCAUGCGCGGGUGUGGCAGGCACAGUCGCAGUCGCAUGCCCAGAAGACUAAGGCGGCCUGUGAGCUACAUCAAACUGAUCUUCAAAUCCCUUUAUUUUAACUCACUCACUAACUCUGAAGUGGUGCUGGACUGCAUCCUUGAACCAGUGUUUUGGAUGGUGGAGGUUGUCACACGCUGGUUUGGAAUGGUUUUUGUGUUUUUAGUAGUAGCUCUUACCAGUUCUGUGGUUUUCAUCGCUUACUUCUGCCUUCUACCGUUGGUCCUCCAAACAUACUCUCCUGGCUGGAUGAUGUGGCACAUUUGUUACGGACAUUGGAACUUGGUCAUGAUAGUCUUCCAUUACUACAAGGCCACAAAAACUCCCCCUGGAUACCCUCCAAAGAUGAAAAAUGAUGUCCCGUUUGUGUCGUUCUGUAAAAAGUGUGUCAUUCCUAAACCAGCGCGAAGUCACCACUGUGGCAUCUGUAAAACCUGUAUUCUAAAAAUGGAUCAUCAUUGCCCUUGGCUUAACAACUGUGUUGGUCAUUACAAUCAUCGUUACUUCUUCUCCUUUUGUCUCUAUUUGACUUUGGGCUGCAUGUAUUGUAGCAUCAGCGGUCGCAAUCUGUUUAUCGAUGCAUACAAUGCCAUAGAUCAAUUCAGACACUUGGAAGCGGAGAAACGGGGUGUCUCGGUGACAGGGAUUGGGUUGCUCAUCGGCGUUGUACCAUCAGAAGUUGUGGCUGGGAAGCUAGUGCAGGUACCUCAAGUCGUUUUUCCUGCUGUUGAUUUGGCUUUAGAGCUGGGAUUGGUUGUUUUUUGUUGCACAAUUUAUUAUUUAACACUUAAACAAACAGCAUGCUAUGAAACACCAACAAAUUAUUUUUGACCUUCCUUAUCCCAAUGCUAACAGCGUGCAUUUAAAUAAGUAUUACUUACUGACUUUUGUCACAAUUGGAUGAGGGGGAUUCACUGGUGAACUUUCGAAUUUUUUAAGCUCUGCUUGGUUCGAUCUGGCACGCUAGAAUUUUCAUUUGGAGCAAUGAAUCAGAAAAGUGCGCAUAUGUAGUUUUCAGUUUGAUGAUAAGAAGAAAUGUUUCAUCAGCACCAAAUCAGCAUAUUCGAAUGAUUUCUGAAAGAA